UUCGAUAAAUCGAAGCGGAUCGAAACGAGUCUACCGAUUUCGAUUGUUUAUUUUUCUAAUUUCAUGAUCCAACACACAUUUCCAGAUGGAGAUCACCGCCGAAAUUUUGGAAAAGAAGCUUCGUGAUGAAUUUCAGGCGUCUCAUGUGGAAGUAAUAGAUGAAACUACUGGAGGUUGUGGCCAGAAGUUCUCCACAGUCAUUGUCUCAGAGAAAUUUGAAGGAAAGCCUCUGCUACAGAGACACAGGUUAGUGAAUUCAUGUUUAGCAGAGGAACUGAAGACCAUCCAUGCCUUCUCCAUGAAGACACUCACACAAGCGGACUGGACCAAGAGACAACAGCAGCAAGCCAGCUGAGGAUAUCCCUCGAGGACUGAGUGCUCUCAUGUGCACAUGUGAUUCCGUCCUGGAUUCUUCUGAACGCUAUAGAUACUGGUGAAAAUAAAUCCUGGAAGCAUUUAGUGAUUUAGCUCUGGAAAGUUCAAAAAGAACCUUGGAGAACAAAGAAAUGAGCUCUAGUAAAUAAUAAAACAACAACAAAUAUAUGAUCCAUGCGUGUGACAUAUGUGAUAUAUGUCACCCCCUAAAUACAAUGUAUUUUGCUAUUAACCAUUUAAUUAUUUUUGUGAUACUGGAAAGAAUCAUGAGUCAUAGCUCAUAUCUAGCGAUUUUGAGUUUGGGAUGAAAUAAUUGGAUACAAUUAAUGUUUUACGGGGACACAUUGCACCAAAUUGCCCAAAUACAUAAAUAGGGUCAAUUGUCAGUGCAACUUACUAAAUUACCGAGAGUUCUUGGAGACAUUUUUUUUUUACACUGCUGGAUACAAGCCCUGAAAGGGGGCUGAAGUUGGGCUCCCUUUAAGAAUAUAGAAACGCUGCUCUCCAAGUAGUCUCUUUAAUUUGCCUUUUCGACAGGAUUGUGGAGGAGGGAGAGGGCAAAAAUAAUUAUUGAAAUAAUAUUCUGGAUGAGAUACAGAAAUUUUGUAAUACAUAGGUGCUGAGGGUGAGUUUGGCUAUAAGGCUCUUAAUGGAUACGCCCCUUGUAUGCCUCCAAAUCUUCCCUGAAUUUCCUGGGAAAUAUUUUCAUUGACAUUUGAAAAGUGCCACGGAGGAAAAUAUAAAUCAUAGUUAAUGGUUGCUGGAUAUGAAGUUAAUCUUAUACUCAUUGGGGAGGGACCAGUCUCUUGUAUGUAUCUGAGGAUAAACCCCAAGGUUCCUCCUUCCAUGGUGAGCUAGAAUUGUCCCCGUUGGUAUCACUUCAUAUUGACUUGGUGUGAGCAUGAUAUUUGGUCAUUUCCGGGGGUUGUUUGAGAACAUUGAGAAAUGGAUUUGAAGAAAAAAAGUUUUUUAUUUUAUUUUGGAUUUGAAAAAAAUUGUAUUUUUUUUUAAAAGAGCAAGAUAUUUCACAAAAAAAGAUCAUAUUUUCUCUAUGUAUUCAAACAAGUUUAUUUGUAUCCUGCACAACAUUUUUGUGAAAAUAAGGUACUCUACCUGGUAUGCCCCAAAUAGGGUUCUAUUUAAAGCCUAUUUUCUACCCGUUUCCGUCAAAUAGGGGUCAUAUAUAGUGGAAAAUGUUUUUGUUUGACUGUAUGCGUAAUAGGGGUCCAAUAUCCUCGAAUAUGCAGUAAAACCACUGAGGAAUCGUCAGGGCAUUAUUUACAUUGUGUACAAGGAAAUACUCACUUUCUUCAUGUCUUUGUCUGGAAGCAUCUUGAGUAUAGGUUCCUUGAAUGCACAUGAUAUCUUUUCUAGUCUUUUUACAUUUCCUGAAAAACUAUGUGAUGUAUAUAAAAUAUGAAACCAUAUGACUAUUGACUUGUGUUUGCCUGACCGGUAUACACAUGAACUUUAACAUAUUUGUUGAAUAAUCUAGGGCAUUUCCUGAAGGGACAAAGUCUUCAGAAAUAUUUUUGGAAUUUAAUCCACAAUCAUUAAAAAAACACCUACCGGUAUACAUACAUGUAUUUGUUUGGAAAAAACAUCUCAAGUUCAUGUACUGGGAGUUUAAAUAGUAUAUUUUCCAGUCUUUUCCAUUUCCUGAAUAACUGUGUGGUCUGUACUCAAUAUGGAACCAUAACAUUAUGUAGAGUACAGCUGAUUUGUGAAAGGGCAAUUCCACAUGGGAUAUCUUUGUAGAAUCUAACCCAUGAUCAAGGUUCCCUUCUUUUCCCACUUCCCAACAAAUAAUGCAUUCAUUUUGUGAGCAGAACAUUAUUUUACCUUAACUGUAUUGGUUGAAGCUGUGGAAAUUUGUUAGGAUGUUUGUUUGCAAGUUGAAACACAAAAUAAGUCAAAUUCUUAUUUUCUUUUGGAUUUCUGUGGGCAAAAAAAUAUGUGUUUCACAUUGCCUUACGAUAGUAAGUGUAUCCCCGAGACUGAUUAUGCAAAUCAUUAGAAUAUAAACACUAAUCUGUACUAAACAAAACAGUGUAGCAAAAAUUGAAAUGGAUUGAAAAUAUGAAAUGAGCUCUUUAGGAUUUGCAAAGCAAAAUUUUCAUUUUUUAUCGAAAUGCAAAAUGAGUACUAUAUUCACACAAAUAUGUGGGGAAGUAUUGUAAUGACAGCAUUUUUGCUUUCAAUGUCAAUAUUGACACAUCUCGAAAAGGAGUCUGAGAACAUUAUUUUAACGGUGUGAACUUGUGAAGUACCUGUGUAUUAAGAAAGCUGAGGUACCCGCUGUUCUUCUUCUUGAGCAUGUGUUGCGUGAAUAUACAUUUUUGUUACACCUGUUGUGCAAUUCAUUCAUUAUUAAUGUACCUUACAAACAUCACAAUGUACUAAUCACCUAAAAGUAAAUUUUGUAUGCAGCUAGAAUUGACUUACUAUAACAAAAAUAAAAUAGACAUUAUAUGGGUUAAGAGGUAUGAAGAAAAGAAAGGAUAACAUAAAAAUCUGACAUAUAUGGAACCCAUGUUGAGUUCCGUGCACACCCUAUUCUAUUGCAAGCAUGUACAGGUGUGUCAACUAGUCUAAUCACCUUUCGUCUUGGUGUUCAUUGAGAGUCCAUUUGAACUUGCAAUAUUUCUUGUAGAUUCUAUAUUUGAAGCUCGUACUGUAUUUUAAUUAUAAUCAUGACGUGAAAACCCUAACAUACAGAACAAAGUAGACUAGCACAAAGUAUUUUCUGGUGAUUGAUUCACUUGAACAUCAAGAUGUAUGGUAUGUACAAGGUUGGGUGUAUAUUGGUAGGUUUUCGAAAAUCUUUGACUGGAAACCAAUAUGUAGGAAAUGAGCAACUCGGUAUUAUUAAUUCAUGAUUACUACACUAAACCAUCUUUGUAUUCCAUUAAUUGGCAACAAAUCACUGUUUUUGCAGGCCAUCCCCAAUUUCAAUGUAGAAUUUUGUAUUUUCUUCUGCUUCAUGUUGUAAUAUCAUGUGUAGAGUAAUUGGAUCAAGAGCCCUAUAAAAUAAUUUUGGAAAAAAAGCACUAUCAAUUUUGUGCUUGCAAUUAAACAGUGCAUUCGUGUAAUGUGUGUUUAAGAGAAUUUCAUAUUGAAAUUUGUAGUGAAUGAAAUGUUAUCAAACAUUUGCGUAGAUCUAGAUUAGUUGAGUAACAAACCAUAUCAAUGAUACUUUGUAAUAUAGUGGUGUUAAUUUACAUUCAGUAUUUUGUUUCCAGAAAUAUGUAGACAGUGUUCAUAAAAAUGCAUUUUACUGCACACAAAAUAGGCUGCAUCAUGAAUUGCAUGCGGAAAAUUGUAGAGCAGGUCUGAUUUGAAUUACUUGAAUAUUUUUAUUUUUUUGAUCAGAUAACUUUUGGCAAGUAAUGAGGCUCUAGAAAUAUUUUUUGAUGUUUGAUUAGACAUUGAAGGGAAUAAGUUCAAUUCAAUUUCAAUUUAUUUAUUCAACCAUAAAAAAUACACAUACAAUAAUAAUUCAUGAAAAUAUAAAAACAUGGGGUUAGGAGCCCCUGAAGAAGUUUGAAAACAAAUUUGUGAUUGGGGCACCAACCAUGACACAUAUCGAGAAAAUUAACAAGUUGAAAAGAUAAGCAGAAUAAUCAAAUUGCUUGACAUGCAGUAGCAUUCACUAUUAGGGAGUUUGGUAGCACCAUGUGGUAGCCUUACUGAAAAGAAUAUUGAUGUAUGCUAUUGUCGAAAGGGAGGGAAAGGAAAUAGAUGAUAAUGGAUUUUAAACAAAUGAUUAAAAACUAACACAAGCCUA